AUGCCAGACUCGUCCGUUCCCUCACUCUUCUCUCUCGCCGGCAAGACUGCCCUCGUCACGGGCGGGACCCGCGGCAUUGGCGCCGCAAUGGCGAUUGCACUCGCUGAAGCGGGGGCCGACAUCAUUCUCGUCCAGCGCGACAACUCAAACACCACAACCGCAGACUACAUCACAACAAACCUAAGCCGUAAAGCGACCAUCCACGUCGCCGAACUCUCCGACCGCGCCAGCGUUAAAGCCAUCAUCCCCACACUCACCUCCCAAGGCCACCACCCGACAAUCCUCCUCAACUGCGCAGGCAUCCAACGCCGACACCCCUCGGAGAAAUUCCCUGACGAGGACUGGGACGAAGUCAUCAACGUCAACCUCACCUCGGUCUUCACUCUCUGCCGCGAAUUCGGCGCCUACCUCCUCUCCCUCGACGCCGACCGUUUCACGCCCGGGCAAAAGAAGGGGAGCAUCAUCAAUGUUGCCUCGCUGCUGUCGUACCAGGGUGGGAUUACGGUGCCCGCCUAUGCGGCGAGCAAGGGCGGGAUCGCGCAGUUGACCAAGGCAUUAAGUAAUGAGUGGGUGUCUAAGGGAAUCAAUGUCAAUGCGAUUGCGCCGGGGUAUAUUGACACGGAUAUGAAUGUGGCUUUGAUCAACGAUAGCAAUCGCAAUGCGGGGAUCAUGGCGCGAAUUCCGGCGGGGAGGUGGGGGAAACCCGAGGAUUUCAAGGGCCCCGUGGUGUUUCUGGCGAGCGAGGCCAGCUCGUAUGUGAGUGGGGAGUUGGUUACUGUUGAUGGGGGCUGGAUGGGACGGUGA